CCCUCGCUCCUCGGUGCCCCAACGGGCCUUUCCGCCGCCUCGCCCCAAGGCGAUUCCGCAGGCGGGAGCUGGUGAGGUUCCCCAGGCCGAUCUUAACAUCGCACAGCUUUGCCGCGGCCGUAAAACCGAGGGGAAGAGACCGGCCGGGCUUUCCCAUCCCCUUUCCCGAGCCGACUCCGGGAGCUGGAGCGAGCAGCGCCCGACGGGCCACAGGCAUCUGCGCGUGAGGCACCGCCUGCGUGAGGAGACUGGGGGGCACUCGCUGCGGCUGUUUGCUACGGCGUUUGAUUUAGACAAAAAUGGACUGGAGUGGAAAGCACAACGGGCCCACCGAUACAACCAACGAUGGGACGGUGGUGCGGCUCCGAGGGCUGCCCUUCGGCUGUAGCAAGGAAGAGAUCGUUCAGUUUUUCCAAGGGUUGGAAAUCGUGCCAAAUGGGAUAACAUUGACGCUGGACUACCAGGGGAGAAGCACAGGGGAGGCCUUCGUGCAGUUUGCUUCAAAGGAGAUAGCAGAAAAUGCUCUGGGGAAACACAAGGAAAGAAUAGGGCACAGAUACAUUGAAAUCUUCAAAAGUAGUAAGAGUGAAAUCAGAGGAUUCUCUGACAUGCCGAGAAGAAUGAUGGGACAACAACGGCCUGGACCAUAUGAUAGACCAUUAGGAGGAAGAGGGGGUUAUUAUGGAGCUGGGCGUGGAAGUAUGUAUGACAGAAUGCGUCGAGGAGGUGGUGGAUAUGACGGUGGAUAUGGUGGCUUUGAUGAUUAUGGUGGUUAUAAUAACUAUGGCUAUGGAAAUGAUGGCUAUGAUGACCGAAUGAGAGAUGGGAGAGGCAUGGGAGGACAUGGCUAUGGAGCUGGAGAUGCAGGUUCAGGUUUCCAUGGUGGCGGUCAUUUUGUUCACAUGAGAGGACUGCCUUUUCGAGCAACAGAGAAUGAUAUUGCAAAUUUCUUCUCACCAUUGAAUCCUAUAAGAGUUCACAUCGAUAUUGGGGCAGAUGGAAGAGCCACAGGCGAGGCAGAUGUGGAAUUUGUAACACAUGAGGAUGCGGUAGCUGCUAUGUCCAAGGAUAAAAACCACAUGCAACAUCGAUACAUUGAGCUGUUUCUGAAUUCAACUGCUGGAGGUGGCUCUGGAAUGGGAGGCUAUGGCAGAGAUGGAAUGGAUCAAGGUUAUGGCUCUGUUGGUAGAAUGGGAAUGGGUAACAAUUACAGCGGCGGCUAUGGAACUCCUGAUGGCUUGGGGGGCUACAGUCGUGGCAGUGGAAAUAGUGGAGGAUACUAUGGGCAAGGCAAUAUGGGUGGAGGAGGAUGGCGUGGGAUGUAUUGAAGGAUAGCCUUGCUUCUACAAAAUACCCUGGAAGAAACAACAGUCUCUGGUCUACUAGACUUUCUUACAAAAUUUUAAUUUCUUUUGUAUUUUAAGAACUUUAUAAUGACUGAAGGAAUGUGUUUUCACAAUAUUAUUUGGUAAGCAAGAGCUUGUGAUGGGAAAAUCUGUUUUCUGUAGGUUUUAUUUGUUGCAUACUCUGACUUUAAAUAAAUUUUUAUAUUCAAACCACUGAUGUUGAUACUUUUUAUACUAGUUACUCCUAAGGAUGUAUUACAUAUUCAAGAAUACAAUUGGUUUGAGAUGUUGUACUAUGGUUCAAUAAAGGUGGUUGUACUGUAA